GAGAGAGAGAGACGUGUGAGGAAAGAGAGGAGGAGGAGGAGAAGAUAGAGAGGGCAGAAGGGAGGGGGGCAUCGGCGUAUGCUUGUAUACAACUACCCCCGAUUUCCAUUUUUUUCCCUAACUCGUAAUGUAUUUAAUUCAAGUGAAACGUAAUCAUGACGUGUGUUGUCAUUAAUCUCCUCGCCGCCUCUCCCCAUCUUUGAACUGAACCUUCAAACUGACCACAAGUCUCUCAGAGUAAUAUAAAGAGGAGAUCAGGUGAAGAAUGCGGAUGACUUGGAAUUUCAACCUAAAAAGAGGACGUUGAAGGGAAGGAGGAUUUCGCACACGCUUGAGUCGCUGUGUGUGGGAGCCGGGGUGCUGUGAGAGAUAAAGUUCAGGCCAAGGGGACUGUUGGAGGUGGUCAGGCAGAUUGCCACAAUCAAAACGCACUCUCUUUAAUUCAAGGAAGUGAAGCAUGGCAUAGACACAUCAACAAGUAUGGAUUCCCCACCAGAGAGUAUGCUGGCUCUUUCCUGUGAGCCUCCAUUGUCUCCUCCCUCCAUGCCGUCCCUGGACCACAGUCCCCAAUUCCUACCCCAGAGUCCUCAAUCUACCCCUUCUAGCCCUCAAACUGAACUCUAUGCCCCGGUCUCACCCUGCCCCCUUCCAGAGGCCAGCCUCCAAGAUGAGGAGGAGGAUGAGGAGUUGUCAACCCCCCCUUCACCCACCCCAGCUGUGGCGCUGUUUCCUGGUGAACUGGAGCUUGGCAGUCCCUCAUCGGAGAGCAGCCCCCCAGCCACACCAUUAGCACCUUUUCCUGGUUUUGGAGCUCUAGAACAGGCCAUCUCCUCUGGGCAAAGUACCACCUGCGAUGAUGAGUUGGAUCUUCAGCUUUUCAACAAUGAGGGCAUGGCUGUCCCCGGAGGGACAAGCUCUGGGCCUGGCCUAAGGUUCCCUUGCCAUGUGUGUGGAAAGAGGUUCCGCUUCCAGAGUAUUUUGUCUCUGCAUGCUCGAGCACACAGUUUAGACAGGGAGCGUCGAGCUUCAGCUCCCUACCGGACCACACAUGCCAAACUGCAGCAGAACCAUGUAGGCGACAAUGUAAUCCAGAAUCUCAACAACAGAGAGCUUGGGGUGAAACAGAGUCCAUUAUCUGCGUCAUUACAAAAGAGUAUAGAUGAAGACAUGGUUCCAGAGGAACCUCUUCAAACUGCAAGCAGCCCUCAGUUCCUAUUUGAAGAAACCACAGCCCUGACUCCACCUCUAACAGAGGAAGCACCAAUCUCAUCCUCCUUCUCUCCACUUGGCCAUGCCCACUUGGAAGACAACACCCCCUCCACAGCUGCUUCUUCCUUCCGGUGUCACGCUUGUAAGGGUAAGUUUCGUACAGCUUCAGAGUUGGCUCGUCAUGUGCGGAUCCUCCACAACCCCUACAAAUGUACAAUGUGUCCCUUCUCAGCCAGUCAGGAGGAAAGACUGGCUGCCCAUCUGCAGGAGAGCCACCCACCUGAGAAUCCUGCCACUGAAACGGUUUUUCCUUCUCACCCUAUAACAGCACCAACAGAGACUCCUCCUUCACAAAUGCCAGUUGUUCCAGCUUUCCGAUGCGAGACAUGCGGGCAGCGUUUUACUCAGUCCUGGUUUUUGAAGGGGCACAUGCGGAAGCACAAGGACUCAUUGGAUCACAAGUGCCAGGUGUGUGGCCGUGGCUUCAAGGAACCCUGGUUCCUAAAGAAUCAUAUGAAGGUGCAUCUCAACAAGCUGGGCCUCAAAGCUGGAUUGGGAAAUCUGGGGCCAGCUGGAAAUGAGCAAUCCAAAGGUCCUGCAAGCACACAAGUGUUGGGGGCCCUGUAUUCUAACUUGCUCCUGGCUCGCAGUAUGACCGGUGGCGGUGGUUCAGGAAGUCGCACGGAGAGGUCAGAUGCCAGUGCAGGCUCAAGCAAAUCGUCUAUAUUGGGUUAUCUGGGCUUACCCAAAGACAACAGCAAUGGAAGUUGCAUUGAGCGCCUUCAGGCAGUGGCACAGGUUGCAGAAAUGGGUAAUGGUGGAGGACGGGGAGGUGAUGCAGCAGACGGAGCGGACCAGGCAGCCAUGUGGCAGCUGGUUGCUCGCAGUCUGGUAGCAGCACAGCACAACCAACAGCAACAGCAGCAGCGAUCUCCUUCGCACCAUCAGCUUCCUUCUUCACGAGGCACAGUCGCUGGGGAAGCCAAGCAGUUGAGGGCCUACCUAGGUGGAAUGGGUUCUAGAGAGGAGCUAGAGGGAUCUAGUUCACCUUGGGAGUGUCCAGAUUGUGGAAAGCUGUUCAGAAGCCUUCAGCAGGUGGUUGCUCAUGCCCGUGUCCAUGUCCAGAAACCACAGAAAGGUCAAAGUGCCCGAGGGGGCAUGUCCAGAGAUGAGGACAUUAUAAACAGAGCAAGUGGAGCUCAGGCAACAGGUGGAGUAGGAGGUUUACAAAGAACUAGUGACAAUGAAGGAAGGCAGGAGGGAAAGCAGCUACCAUCAGGAGUCGGGACAGCUGGGAGCUUCCAUUCUGUCAUAUCACAUCUUUCUGGUCAGAAUGGUCUACGGGGGUCAUCCUCUUCCACUUCAUCUUCAAGAGAGCGUGUUCGGGGAACAGGGAUAAAGGAUUGCCCCUACUGUGGUAAAGCCUUCCGGUCUUCCCAUCACCUUAAAGUGCACCUCCGUGUACACACAGGUGAGAGACCAUACAAAUGCCCACACUGUGAUUAUGCUGGCACCCAGUCUGGCUCUCUCAAGUACCACCUUCAGCGUCAUCAUCGUGAGCAAAGGAACGCUAUGGCAACCACCACAAAUUCCCCAUCACCGAGCCUCCCCUCUCUGACUGGGUGUCCUCAUGAAGGGGUGAAAAAGCGGCGUCACCCCUCUAUGUCCCAGUCUUCUUUUAGGAGGGAUCCUGGAGAGGCUCCUUCUUCAAGGCACAGUCAGUCAUGGGCUGCAAGCCCGCCAGAGAAGAAGGAGGGCAUUACGGCAUCUGGACGUCAAAGAGAGGGAGACAUGGAGAGUCAGUAUCUCAGUCUUUCAGGAAUGAUGGGUACACUCUUUGCCGGCAGUCUAGAACCAAGUUGGAUUGGGGAGGUACCACCUCCGAAAAUGCCCAAAGUGUCUCGACGGAAACCCCUUACUACAAGUCGCAUGAUGUCAGCAAAUGGCUACCAGGGCGGGAUGAAGUCCAGUGGGUCCCAGGAAGGAGGCUUUGAACCUCUGGACCUUUCCCGCCGCCCUUUACAAGAUGAAGAGGGAGUGAGUAGUUCUGUAGGUGGACCGUCAGGUGGCUCUAAAGGAGGGAAUGACAUCCUCAAUCAAUGUGUCUUCUGUCCCUUCCGGACCUCUUCUGUUGAGCUUAUGGCCAUGCACCUUCAGGUUAAUCACACCAGCAAGUCUCGUCGCAAGAGGGGAGCCACUCUCACUUCCACCGGUCAUUCUCCAAGACUAACUUUGGCCGGGCCAGACCACGAUCCGCUGGCUCUGUGGAAGUUCCUCGGUGCAGCGGACGGAGUAGCCUCCCCUGAGGAUUGGGUCUCGUUCAAGACAAGAGCUGAGAAUGGAGUCAGCCCAGAGAACAGGGACACAGAGGACAGUUUGGAGCUGAACCCUGGACCUGUGGGAAGCGUCGGUGCCACAGAGAAGGGGCUCAAUAUGAGCGAGGACCUGGAUGAGGAAGAUGAGGAAGUCGAUGAGGAGGAGGAUGACCUGGAAGCAAAUGGCAGCUUUGGAAGUGUACCCCAGAAUCAGAGCAGAAGGGCUCAGUCUGUUUCAUCAGACCUCAUGGGUGAGGAUCUGCUCAAGGAGGAGGAAGGCGUUUUGGGGAAAUAACAUCUAACAAGAGCCCUGGACGAGUUCGGACAUAGCAGCAGGAGAGAAACAUUUGGGAAAUACAGUUGUCCAGGGUCCCUCUUAUCAUUCAGACCAAGGGCAGACCAGUCGCUAUGCUAACAUACUGUACAGUAUCAGUAAACAGAUAACCUGCAAAAGUAUUUAAAUCAAACAUUCCCCUUAAUAUAUCUUCCGAGCCCUCCUUGGUUAGUGAUUGAUUACCUCUACACACACACAGAGACACACAGAGAUAUCCAGUAUUGUAUGCUAGUCCAAGGUUGCCUGUCUCGGGGCCUUCUUGAACACUGUUCUCUUGUUCCUGUCUUCUUGUCAGUGAACGCAAUUCAUGCCAAGUUGUAUAUCAUUUUCAGUUUCCUUGCUCCUCCUGUGAAUCUCGCUUUCAUCUCAACGAGGACCUGGAAUGUCAAUCUGGGCAGCCGGUAAAGCAAAAAAAAAAAAAAAAAAAAAGAGACACUGUUCUUAAUCGCUACGAUAUACAGUAUUAAUGCUGAGAGAGACGGACAUCCUACUUCCACAUGAACUUGAUCUGACUGCACAUCUUCAGCAAACCAAAGGAGCCAGACUCUGAACAGAAUGCUGUGAUAACUGAACGGUACUUGUGAAUCACCUCUAACAGAACAGGACAGAGUAAAGAUUAUAUUACCAGAUAUCCACACACUGCCAGUCUGCUCCGACGGGUCUUCUUCAGAUAUUAUAUCAAACAGAGAUUCUGCCUCUUCUAUAUGCUAUUUCUCUCAGUGCCUGUUGAUGUAAAAGGUUUUUAGCAGAUUCAGUAACACAGGAAUAUAGUUACAGUGAAUAUAUACAGUAUAUAUGUGUAGUUGUGCUAGAGCGUAGAGUUCUGUGACAAUAUGGUGGCAGUUUGUGUGAUUAUGUCAGCUGUGAAUGAAACAAUGAAUGAGCCCAGAGCACCACAUGUGGGAACAGCUGGCUGUUUGACAACGGCCCCAUGGAAGUGUUUACAUUACAUACACCAACAGGAUUUCCGUGUGGAAUCCAGAUCACCGUUACUAUGGAAAUAGUUCAAAUUUCAGGGUUUGAAACAAAUCACAAUCUAGAAAAUGGAGGCUCUGCAAUAUAUCCUAAAUAUUCCUGUUAUCUCAGAUUCUCAAACCAUCCGGGAGAGGGUGGAAAGUGGGUCUCUACUGAAACAUUCAGUAAGCUGUUUUUUUUUUUUUUUUUUUUUUUUUUUUUAAAUAUCAAAAACUGGAGAGAGAGGAAAAAAAACACACUAACAAAUUCAGACAUCCCAGUAGAACAUAUGUAGCUUUUGUAAAGAUAAGAGAUCAAAUAAGAGGACAAAACAUUUUGUUUUCCUUUUCAGAAGUGUUAAUGGAAACAGAUAUGGGAAUAAGUAUUAUAAUAAUUAUGAAAGAAGACUGCUUCAGAAUGUCUUUAGAGCACUGUGCAAAGUUUCUUUUCUCCCAAACUCACUUUUGUUUGUGAGACCCAAUGCAGACCAAACUUUUAUCCUUUUUUCCCCCGAAACAUUUUUUUCAUAAUGCUGCAGAUUCAAUUUACUUUCCCUUAAACGGUGCAUUUUUAUAUGUUUCAAUCAACAAAUCAAUCAUUUAGACACACAAUCAAUGUUAAAGCUUGCCUGAUGAUCUUGAAACUUCAGCGCUUGCUUAUAUAUUUAUAAGCUGAUGCAGAAAUCGUGUCCAAGACAUGUCCCAGUAUCAGCAUUGUCAGUCUGACUGAUCUGCUUGCCAAAUUUGAUUUGAUGUAAUCGUGUCACAUUUUUGAUGUGAAAUUAGCACAUCUUACAAAUGAUGAUCUACUUUCCUCGUCCAACUCUGUGAAAUCAUUUCCAUCGGGUCAUCUCAUUUUUAUCGUUAGACACCGAGUAGGAGGUACCUUUGUCUUGUAAUUGACAGAGGCUGGCCUUAAUAUGUCCACUAUCGUGUCCUUGUGUCAUGUGUAGAUUGUCUUAAGCGUUCAGUUAACCCCUGAUGUGGUGUUCCUUUGAGAUAACAGUCAAGCCACUGUGCCUUCUGUCCUGAGCACUUCCUCAAGUAUUUUGUAAGCUCACCAAAAGCACUUAGCCCCUACUGUUUCACUUUGUAUUCUUUGGUAAACUGCUCUGUAUGUCUCUGUAUCUGAUCCUUGGUCUUGUAGGGGUCAUUUCCAUUUCAUAAUAAUGAGUCUCAUUCAAUCAUUCAUGUGUGCUGUUGCAUCUCCUGUUAUCCCCCUUCCCUUUAGCAUAUGCACCACUGAAGGUUAUAUACUAUCUAGCGCCGAGGCCUUUUUAGAAAUUAUUUUAAUUUCUACAAUUUGAUGCCGAUGAGAUGAAAUCCAGCUCUCUUCUGCUCACAAUUAUUAUCAUUGUUCUUUUUUGUUUCAUGGAAGAAAAAAAAAGCAAA